GACGUAAAUAUUGCACUGGAGGUGAUUCGACAGCAAACGCGUUCGAUUGCCGCACUCAAGAGGAAAUCUCAACUCAAGUUGUCGAAAUGGAGCGAUGUCAAAGCGGCAGAAGAAGGCGAAGACGAAGGAAAAAAAUUGCACUUCAUAAGUCCGGCACGCCGGAAAUCUGUCCUAGCUCCAAUUCUGAGUAAGAUUAAGAAUGGUGUGGAUGGCUCGGAUGCUGGAGAUAAGAGGUCGGCAGGCAGCGAGGGCAGCGGCAGCAGUCACAUAGCCGUCCAAAUUGAGCCAGCCAGGCGUGUGAAGCGCCAUAGCAUACACGGCAUGAUGGAGGAGGAGAACACCAUACGGCCGCAUCAGGAGAUACGCCAGCUAACGCUGGAGGAGAAGAAGUUCCUCUUGGCGGUGGAGCGGGGCGACAUGGCGGGCACUCGACGCAUGCUGCAGAAGGCACAGGACACCGAUUACAUCAAUGUCAACUGUGUCGAUCCCUUGGGUCGCACCGCCUUGCUGAUGGCCAUUGAUAAUGAGAAUCUGGAGAUGGUUGAGCUGCUCAUUAACUACAAUGUGGACACGAAGGAUGCGCUCUUGCACUCCAUUUCCGAGGAGUUUGUGGAGGCCGUGGAGGUGUUGCUGGACCACGAGAAUGUUACCUUCCAGAAUGAGGGCAAUCAUAGCUGGGAGUCUACUUCGGAGGAGACUUCAACGUUUACGCCAGACAUAACACCUUUGAUAUUGGCCGCCCAUCGGGACAACUACGAAAUCAUCAAAAUUCUGCUCGAUCGUGGCGCCGUUCUGCCCAUGCCACACGAUGUGCGUUGCGGCUGUGACGAGUGCGUCCUGUCCCGGCAGGAGGACUCGCUCAGGCACUCGCGCUCUCGAAUCAACGCCUAUCGUGCGCUGGCCAGUCCCAGUCUUAUAGCACUGUCCUCCAAGGAUCCUAUACUCACGGCCUUCGAGCUCUCCUGGGAGCUGCGACGUCUCAGCUUUCUGGAACACGAAUUUAAGAACGAAUAUCAGGAGCUGCGAAAGCAGUGCCAGGAUUUUGCUACCGCCUUGCUAGAUCAUACGCGCACCUCGCACGAGCUGGAGAUCCUGCUAAAUCACGAUCCCACUGGGCCGGUGUUCGAGCAUGGCGAACGCAUGCACCUGAAUCGCCUGAAGCUGGCUAUCAAACUGCGGCAGAAGAAGUUUGUGGCGCAUUCGAAUGUGCAACAGCUGCUGGCCAGCAUUUGGUAUGAGGGCCUACCUGGCUUUAGACGCAAAAACAUGGCUCUUCAGACACUGGACAUCAUUCGCAUUGGCAUCCUGUUUCCCAUUUUCUCGCUGGCCUACAUUCUGGCGCCGUACUCCAGCAUCGGCCAGACCAUGCGGAAGCCCUUCAUUAAAUUCAUUUGCCACAGCGCCUCGUACUUUACGUUCUUGUUCCUGCUAAUGCUCGCCUCGCAGCGCAUUGAGACCUUCAUUGGCAGCUGGUUCUGGUCGGACGCGACGACGAUGCUGAACCAGACGGAGGAGCUGCAGCUGCCCACCAAGCGCGGAGCCAAGCCCACCUUCAUCGAGUGGCUGAUUCUGGCCUGGGUGAGCGGGCUCAUCUGGAGCGAGGUGAAGCAGCUGUGGGACGUGGGGCUGCAGGAGUACCUCAAUGAUAUGUGGAACGUCAUUGACUUUGUGACCAACUCGCUCUACGUGGCCACAGUGGCACUGCGCGUCGUCUCGUUCUUUCAGGUGCAAAAGGAGAUGAAGGUCAAUUCGCAGGCCACGGACUUGCCGCGCGAGCGCUGGGACACCUGGGACCCCAUGCUCAUAUCGGAGGGCCUGUUCAGUGCAGCGAACAUUUUCAGUAGCCUCAAGCUGGUGUACAUCUUCUCGGUGAACCCACACUUGGGGCCACUGCAGGUCUCGCUGUCGCGCAUGGUCAUGGACAUCAUGAAGUUCUUCUUCCUCUACGUCCUGGUGCUCUUCGCCUUUGGCAGCGGCCUCAACCAGCUGCUCUGGUACUAUGCUGAUCUGGAGAAGAAGCGCUGUCCCGAGGUCUCACCCAGCCUCCUGCUCAACUUGAAUGGCACCAAUGAUCCGAAUGCCUGCAUCGUCUGGCGACGUUUCUCCAAUCUUUUUGAGACCACUCAAACCCUAUUUUGGGCUGUCUUUGGGCUGAUUGAUCUGGACAGCUUCGAGCUGGAUGGCAUCAAGAUCUUUACACGUUUCUGGGGCAUGCUCAUGUUUGGCACCUAUUCGGUUAUCAACAUCGUAGUGCUGCUCAAUCUCUUGAUAGCCAUGAUGAACCACUCGUAUCAGCUAAUAUCGGAACGCGCUGAUGUGGAGUGGAAGUUUGCACGCUCCAAAUUAUGGAUCAGUUACUUCGAGGAGGGCGGCACUUGCCCGCCUCCGUUCAAUAUAAUUCCCACGCCCAAGUCCAUAUGGUACGCCAGCAAAUGGAUGCGUCAGGUGUUCUGCAGCGGCUCCUCGGCCGCUCGACGCGAGCACCUGAAGACAAUACGUCGCAAAGCACAGCAGGCCAGCGACAGGGACUUCAAGUAUCAGCAGAUAAUGCGUAAUCUGGUGCGUCGCUAUGUCACCGUGGAGCAGCGCAAGGCGGAGUCACAGGGUGUCACGGAGGACGAUGUCAACGAGAUUAAGCAGGACAUCUCUGCUUUCCGCUGCGAGCUGGUGGAGAUACUGAAGAACAGCGGCAUGGAUACGAACGUGACUGCAGGACAAGGUGGCGGCGGCGGUGGCAAGAAGAAUCGCCAGAAGGAGCGUCGGCUCAUGAAAGGCUUUAAUAUUGCGCCGCCUGGCUCGACGAGCUCCUUGGCCCCGGUGGCCGAGUUCUCCACAUCGCUGGACAAUUAUGAUAAUCAGCAUGAGAUACUUAGCUCCACGCUCUCCACACUCUUCACGCCCAACUUCAUACACAGACGCCAGAACACCACUGGCGGCAUGGGUGGCUCUGAGUCACCCACCACGCCCACUCAGAGCCCGGCACCAGCAACGCCCGCCACGGCUGCCACAAAGUACAAUAAGACCACGUUGAAGUACAACAAACGCAUUGCAGGCCAUAAGAAACGCUGGGGUACACUGAUUGAAGCCGCCAAGGUGGGCAACAUGAGCAAAAUGCUGGGACGCUCCAAGUCGGAGGAUUCCGUCUGCAAUUCCUCACACGACACCACACCUGUGCACGACCAGGUGCGUGUGAGCUAUGCCCAGGGCUCGGCCCAGUGCACAGUUAACUACAGGCAGAACGGCGGAGAUGGCCCAACGCUGGGGUCAACGCUGCCACCGCCCCCAGCAGCCUCCUCAGCACACCCACAUGGGGGCGUGGGCGCGCACUUCUUUCACACAACGACAGGUCUAACUGCCAUUGCUGCUCUGAAACGCAAACGCAAAAAAUUCUCAUCAAGCAAAAACAUUUGCCCCGUGACCGAAUCAAUUGCAGCUGCCAAUGCCGCAGAAUUAUUGAAUGAUAAGACGCUUAAACGAGUGUCCAGCUAUCCAGCAGCCACUGCUCAGGUAAGCGGCCCACACAAGGAUCCCGCUCAGGUAGUGAAGCCGCGACGGCAUGAGCAAACGCAAAGUCAACAUGAUUCGGUUGAGGCCUCCACGGAGUUCACACUAUCCAUUGAUCCAUCCAAUACGUCUGUCAAUUCGCGCGAACCGUUGAUUAGCAGCAGCUGUGUCUCUACCAUGGGCACCAUUGGCUGA